AUGUGUGAAUGUUCAACGAAUGGAACAGAUCUUCACCUAGCUCUUCACGAUGGUUAUAUUAUUCGACAGUCUGAACAAUUCUUUAGAUGUUAUAAAACAUAUCUACAAACAAUGAUGGAUUUAGUUCGUUUAUCGUCAAUAAAUGUCACUUCUGAAAUAAAUGAACAAAUAUUAAAUGAUAUUAAACUUAAUCAUCCUGUCGAACCAAUCGAUAGUCUGUUACGUCAAUUAGUCUAUUAUUUACCUUCUUCUGAACAAAAUUAUGGUAAUUUGUGUCGUAGUAUAACACCAGAUGGUCAUAUUCGAUGGUUGUGCAUGGAACAUUAUUUGAAAGUGCAUGAAUUUAGUAAGGAAUUUUGUCAAGGAAUUGAAAGUAUAGGCAGUGUAUAUGAUCGGGAACGUUCACUUAUUAUAUUAAAUAAUAUUGAAUUAACAAAGAAUCAAAGUCGAACCUUAGGUCAUCUAUUAUGUUACAACAAUCGUAUAUGUGAAUUAUUACUUAAAAAAAUAAAAAUUCGUGUGAAAGAUUUCGAAAAAUUAAUUUCAAAAAUUUGUCAACAAUCGACACUUCGUUCACUAGAAUUGAAUGAAUUAUCCAUUGUUAGUCUAUUUGGUGUGAAUAAAACAAAAGAAUGUUUAAAUGAACAAUUGAAACACCUAUUUCAUAGUCGAUUAACUGAGAUAAGAAUAAUAAAAAAUGUAAUCAAUGAUGAUGGUGGACAAAUAAUGACAAAAAAUUUCGAACAUAUCAAAUAUUUAACGUUACAAGAAAAUCAUCUUUCAACUAAAACAUUGGAACGAAUUAUUCAGACAUUGAAAACAAAUAUGACUCUCAUUAAAUUUGAACUUAUGAUUGAUAAUGAUCCGAAUAAAUAUUUACAAAAUCUCUUUCAAUCGUUAGAAUUUAAUCAACGUCUAGAAGAACUUAGUUUAUUUUCAUCAAACACAAACUAUUCAUUGGUAAAUCAAACAUCUCAUAUAAUAGUUCAAUCAUUAGAACGAAAUAAUCGAUUAAAAAGUUUAAUAUUAAGGAAUUUUUGUUUCUCGUCGUCUUGUAUGAAGUUAUUUGCACGAUUAUUUGAAAUGAAUCAAACAAAACUAAAACAAUUUGGAUUAAAUUCAUGUCAAAUAGAAGAUGAAUCAAUUGUAUUGUUAUUGUUGAAUGCAUUAAAAACAAAUAAAAAUUUAAUACAAUUAGAUUUAACUGGAAUACAGUUAUCAAACGACAUUAAGUAUCAAAUAGAACAAUUAAUGGAAACAAACAAUGGAUUAAAUGUCAAAUUUGAGUAG